UCAUGUAAAUCACGAGACUUUCGUGCAGCAAGGAAGGCGGGGAUUUCAUUUACGUAUAAAUAGAAGGACAUUAAAUUUAGGAGUUCAUAUGCUUCCUAGUCUAUUCGGAGAUCGGUCACUGUCGGUUGAUUAGAAGGGUUUUAUACUCGGAAGCACGAGAAAAGCCAUUCAUUUGAAUUUUGGAGUUUACGGGAUGGCGGGGAAGACGCUUUUACGAGUUUGUUUCUGGAUAAUUCUUGCCAGGUUUUGCCAUACCACUUCAGGUACGUGCAUAACACCAGAGGAUAUUGCUCACGGUAACAUGUCUUAUUCUGGAAUCGAUGAAGGAGAUACGGUAACUUACACGUGCAACGUUGGUUACAUCAUCACAAGUACUUCCGCCACCCGUACAUGUAUCAACGGCCAGUGGUCUGGAAGCCAGCCUACUUGCGCAGGGAUUGUUUGCAAUCCAAACAGCAUCAAUGUAUACAAUCUUCCACUGGAUCAUUACUACAAUGCAAUACAGAAUGUAACAAGAGGUGGACUUUUUGUAAAGUGUAAUGUUUCAGACAUCAAUUCUACCACAGUGACAAUCACUGGUUGCCUUAAAGAUUUACCUAUCAUAUUCACCAUUGGGACCUACCAUGGAAUUGAAUUGUAUACACUACUUGGAGGAAAAGAUCUGGUUAUUGUAAAGAUAGUAUGCAACGAAAUAUCAGAGAACGGCACAGUGCUUUACAUAGAGUAUACAAUUUACAAUGCCGGAUUGAGAGACGUUUUGGGAGACAUUGAACAGGAAGGCAUUAAUCUAACAUAUGAAGUGACAUCUUCUUUGAGUUCAACGUCUGUCAUAGUUGGUAACCCAGUCGCUUGGACCAUCAAUUUUCCGAGCGAAUAUAUCCUGGAAGUAACUAGCUGUAAAGGUUAUCCUGGAACUGAUGCUCAGUCUAAUCAUUCAGUCAAUUUGAUUAGCAGUGGAGGGUGCAGUGCUACCAGUGAACUGAUCACUCAUUUUUCAGACGCCUUGGACGGUACAGUCACUGCGACACUUUCAACAUUCAAGUUUUACAACUAUGACAACGUUUUCUUGACAUGUGUCUUGAAAGUUUGCCCAUCUUCGUCAGUUAAUUGUGAUACGACAUGCAGCAGAGCAAAAAGGGGCGCUAGACAUGUUGGAACAACCCAUGAAAAUGACGCAGAAGAGACACGUAUGACCACUGUGCACAAUGUGCUAAAGGUUAUUGACCUAUACUCAAAAGCACGUAUUCCAGUUUCUCGAGUCAGUACGAGCCUGGUAUUGGCCUUGACAUUCAUACACAUUGACUGUUAUUUUUAAUGACGCAGUGAGGGUUUGUCUUAUGUUGAUGACGCAGGGAAGGUUUUUUCCGAUGAAUCGCAGGAACGACAGUCUAACACAUGAACAAAAUAAUGUUAAUUUUAUUUUUUGUUUUUAUUUGUUUUUGUUUUAUUUGUUUUUAUUUUCAUUUUAAAAUGCAUAGUUGGGUUUUAAAUAAAGGAAGAAUAAGUACAGAAAGACUAAGUCUAACACACGGACAAAAAAAAAUUUGUUUGUUUGUUUUGUUUUUGUUUUGUUUUUUGUUUUUAUUGGGUUUUUUUUCAUGCUAAAUGCGUUGUUUGGUUCUGAAUAAAGGAAGAAAGGUA